AUGGUUACAAUUCGCUCCAUCAUCUCGACCACCCUACUGAUUAGCUUCUUGCUUAUCACCAGUCCAGCUGAAAGCGCAAGCGUCCCUGGCCCGUUCACGACCAAGGCUCCUUGCAUCACCAAAGCUCCUUGUACCACCAAGACGCCUUGCGCCACCAAGACGCCUUGCGCCACCAAGGCUCCUUGCAUCACCAAAGCUCCUUGCACCACCAAGACGCCUUGCGCCACCAAGACCCCUUGCUUCACCACCAAGGCUCCUUGCUUCACCAAGGCUCCUUGCACCACCAAGACGCCUUGCACAACCAAGACUCCUUGCUUCACCAGCAAGGCUCCUGGCAUAACCACGAAGGCUCCUUGCACCACCAAGACUCCUUGCUUCACCACCAAGGCUCCUUGCACCACCAAGACGCCUUCCACGACCAAGGCUCCUUGCACCACCAAGGCCCCUUGCACCACUAAGACGCCUUCCACGACCAAGGCUCCUAGCACCACCAAGGCACCUAGUAUCACCACCCAUGCUCCUAGCGUCACUACCAAGGCCCCCAGCGUCACCACCAAGGCUCCUAGCAUCUCCAAGGUACCUAGUCUCACCACGCAGGCUCCUAGCGUCACUACCAAGGCUCCAAGCAUCACUACUAAGGCUCCCAGCGUCACCACCAAGGCUCCUAGCAUCUCCACGAAAGCUCCUUGCACCACCAAGUCUCCUACCAUCACCACCAAAGCUCCUAGCACCACCAAGGCUCCUGCCACUACAAAAGCUCCUGCCACCACCAAGGUUCCUGCCACCACCAAGGUUCCUGCCAUCACCACUAAGACUCCUUGCACCACUACCAAGGCUCCAGUAAUCACCACCAAGGCUCCUUGCACCACCACUAAAGCUCCUUCCACUACCAAGGCUCCUGUCAUCACCACGAGAGCUCCUUGUACUACCACGAAGGCGCCUGCUACCACGCACCACCACGAAGGCUCCUAG